CUUGUUCCAAGUUGUGCAGCCAGGGCUGCCUUGGGGUGCCCAGCCAGCGCUCGGGGGCCCUCCUGGGUGCGGGCGCGGGGCGCGGCCCGGGGGCGCCCCCUGAGCAGGUGAACGUGCCUUUGCUUGCAUACCCGCGUGCCCGUGGGUACCUGUGUCCACCUGUGUCCGAGCCCCAUGUAUUUCUGUGUGUGCUCGUGUGUACAUGGAUCAGUAUGCGUGUGAGCCCCCGCUUCCUCCGUGCCUGGCGCCCCACGUUCAUCUCAGCCAGGAUGCCAACAAGGCGCUGGGCCCCAGGCACCCAAUGCAUCACCAAGUGUGAGCACACGCGCCCCAAGCCGGGAGAGCUGGCCUUCCACAAGGGCGACGUUGUCACCAUCCUGGAGGCCUGUGAGAGCAAGAGCUGGUACCGGGCCAAGCACCACGCCAGCGGGCAGGAGGGGCUGCUGGCGGCGGCGGCGCUGCGCGAGCGGGAGGCGCUGUCGGCGGACCCCAAGCUCAGCCUCAUGCCGUGGUUCCACGGGAAGAUCUCGGGCCAGGAGGCCGUGCAGCAGCUGCAGCCGCCGGAGGACGGGCUGUUCCUCGUGCGCGAGUCCGCGCGGCAUCCGGGCGACUACGUGCUAUGCGUCAGCUUCGGCCGCGACGUCAUCCACUACCGGGUGCUGCAUCGUGACGGCCACCUGACCAUCGACGAGGCCGUCUGCUUCUGCAACCUCAUGGACAUGGUGGAGCACUACAGCCAGGACAAGGGCGCCAUCUGCACGAAGCUAGUGAAACCCAAGAGGAAGCAGGGCACCAAGUCGGCAGAGGAGGAGCUGGCCAAAGCCGGCUGGUUGCUGAACCUGCAGCAUCUGACGCUGGGCGCGCGGAUUGGAGAGGGUGAGUUUGGAGCGGUCCUGCAGGGCGAAUACCUGGGACAGAAGGUGGCCGUGAAGAACAUCAAGUGCGAUGUAACGGCCCAGGCCUUCCUGGACGAGACGGCGGUCAUGACGAAGAUACAGCACAGGAACCUGGUGCGCCUGCUGGGUGUGAUUCUGCACCAGGGGCUCUACAUCGUCAUGGAGCACGUGAGCAAGGGCAACCUGGUGAACUUUCUACGGACGCGAGGCCGGGCCCUUGUGAGCACGCCCCAGCUCCUGCAGUUUUCCUUGCACGUGGCCGAGGGCAUGGAGCAUCUGGAGAGCAAGAAGCUGGUGCACAGAGACCUUGCCGCCCGCAACAUCCUCAUCUCUGAGGACCUGGUGGCCAAGGUCAGUGACUUCGGCCUGGCUAAAGCCGAGCGGAAGGGGCUGGACUCAAGCAGGCUGCCGGUCAAGUGGACGGCGCCCGAGGCUCUCAAACACGGGAAGUUCUCCAGCAAGUCGGAUGUGUGGAGUUUCGGGGUGCUUCUCUGGGAGGUUUUCUCAUACGGCCGGGCUCCAUACCCCAAGAUGUCGCUGAAGGAAGUGUCAGAGGCCGUGGAGAAGGGGUACCGCAUGGAGCCCCCCGAAGGCUGCCCGGGUCCCAUCCACGCCCUCAUGGGCAGCUGCUGGGAGGCUGAGCCCGCCCGCCGGCCGCCCUUCCGGAAGCUGGCGGAGAAGCUGGGCCGCGAGCUGCGCAGCGUGGGGACCCUGGCCCCCGCAGGGGCCCAGGACACAGACACUUCCUCCUCGCCCCGAGGCCAGGAGCCCUGACCCUGCCUGGUGGGGCCUCGGGCCCCAGAGGACAGAGUGGAGGGUGCAGGGUGGGGGGGACAGGCCAGGCCCGAGGAGGGUCAAGGCCAGCGCGCUGCCCAGGUGGCCCAGGUGGGGGGCUCCGGGCAGCCUGCUGACACCACGGACCCGGGGAGGCGAGGGAUUAGCGCUUCCAUAAAGACUGAU